AUGGCUUCUCUGAAAGGCCCAGGUGCUCCCCAGAAGCACGAUGGCUCCGGCCUGCGCAUCGCCAUUGUUCAUGCCCGAUGGAACACCACCAUAAUCGAUUCCUUGAUCAGCGGCGCAAAGAGAGCCAUGCUGGCCUCAGGAGUCAAGGAGGAGAACAUCGUCCUCGAGUCUGUUCCUGGGUCCUACGAGCUUCCUCUGGCGGUCCAACGAGUCUACGCUGCGUCUCAAAUACAAAGCACUGCCAGUACGGUUGCUGGAGGUGUAGGAAGUCUGGCGAGUGGGAUUGGUGACUUGCUGGGCGGCAGCAAUUCGACAACGGAUCUCCAGGGCAGUCUCCAACCGGCUGCGCCAGAGCCCGAGCAGAAGGACACGGCAUUGAAGCAUGCCUUUGAUGCUGUAAUCGCUAUUGGUGUGCUCAUCAAGGGAGAGACCAUGCACUUUGAGUACAUUGCAGAUGCAGUGAGCCAUGGCCUGAUGAAGGUCCAAUUGGACAGCCAAGUCCCGGUCAUUUUCGGCCUCUUGACGGUGCUCACCGAAGGACAGGGUCUAGCCCGGGCGGGGCUCGAGGGAGGCACUGGGAAGGAAGCCAAAGGGCACAAUCAUGGAGAGGACUGGGGAAAUGCCGCCGUCGAGCUCGGAGUCAAGAGGAAAGGCUGGAACGCCGGCAAGAUUGCGUCUUUCUGA